AUGCUAACAGAAGAAGAGAAGGCCGGUAUCGGAGGCUGGGUGACUGAGCUCAGGGGCAACGGCAGCGACGGUGUAGUAGCAGAGAUUAGUACGAGAAGCGAGAAUUGGGAGGUCCGCAGAGGGAAUGAUAGGUGGUGGAAGUGGAACGGACCAGCUGCUGAGGAAUAG